UUCUGUCGAAAUCGUAAUUGUGGGAAGAGAAAAAAAGUUGAACUUCUCUUUUUCGUUGUAGUUUUCUCUCCUUUCCAAUCACAGCGAUCUCCAGAAUUAGGGUUUCGUCAUUUCCUUCUUACUGGAAGAUCCAUAACAAGACUAGUUUAUCUACAUGUGAUUCAACUCAAUGAGGCCGCAAUCGUCGUCUUUGAAUCCAUAUGCAGCCUCAUAUGUUCCUCUCUCUAAAAGGGGGGCAGACGGUAGAACUACUUUUACAGAAAUAGAUUCCAAGAGUUAUGAUGGGAGUUUUUGGUUUCAGAAUCGUCAGGAUGCAACAAAUGAUCAGCAACUCACCAUUGCUAGUUCAGAAAGGCUAUUUAAACCUGAUGCUUUUCCGACAAAAAGCCAGCCUGCCUCAAGUUCUUACACUUCAUCAUCUCAGAAUGUGGCAGAGGUGGCAGAAAAUCAGAUGCUAGCCGAAGAACUGGAUAUGGAUUUGGAAUAUCUUAGGAUUACAUUUCCUGGCAUAUCUUAUCAAUCCCUUGUAGAUGUCUAUAAUGUAAACAGUGGAGACUUGGAUGCUGCUAUUGACAUGCUCAGUCAACUUGAGUUAGAGGGAGAUGAAUCUUCUGGAACUCUUCCAGAGACACUUGAUAUUGGUGAUGUUUCAGAAUCUGGAUUACCGGCUGAUUCUACUUCCUUAAAGCAGAAGAAUGUAGCAGAGGAAACCAGCACUUCGUCUAGUCACAUGGCAUCAGGCGAUGUCUUAUGAAUUGGUUUGUCAUUCAUAAUUGGUUUUGUUGGAUAUAAAAAUAAGUGUAAAAAUGAAAAUAUUUUACAUUAGGUGGAGAUCCCUCGAUCAUCGAUUUAAUGGUUCUGUAUAGUUUUCAGCUUUGUCUUAUUUUGGUCAUUAUGGUCUGAAAUGUUUUCUUUUGGUGAGUUGCUUGAGCAAUUGUGUAAUUUGGGAUCCCAUUCAAUUACAUGAAUUGGAGAGUGAGAGAGGUGAAAGAAAAACAUGACUUGCUUGCUGGAUUGUACCAUGGUGAGCUAACUUUGAGGUUUUGCUGCUAUAGAUAUAUAAAAUUUUAUUGUCUUUUUUUAUUAGUUCA